AGGAUCUAGACGAUUUACAUUGGAGCCUGAGACGCUUUGUCACCAUGGCGCGUAGCGUAUUUUUUAGUUACGAGUACAUUUAUCCAUUGGAUAUAAAGAAUCGAAUAUGGGAAUUGGGAGGCGAUAGCACCGGUGAAGAAAGAGAGGAUGUCGUGUAUCAGUCUCGCUCCCAUUAAUCGCAUCUACAGUCUGCACGCUCCAACCACUUUUCAUCCACAUAUUUCCACUGCAAAUCGUCGGACUCGAAAGUGGAGGUGCCAAGUCACAAACGAGGAGACAAAUCAAGAUGUUAAAACUGAAGAUAAAAGCAAUAAGGUAGUGGAUACGGUUGUUCCCGAUAAACGAAUCAACCGGCGAAUUGGACUGGCUUCAAUUUCUGCAGCAGUUGGCUUGUUUCUGUCAACUAGGGGCUGGUUUGGAGGCGUUAUUCCGCUCAGUGAUCUUUCUGUAUCUGCUGUUCCAUAUGAUGAGGCACUCACAAAUGGCAGGCCUACAAUGGUGGAGUUCUAUGCAGAUUGGUGUGAAGUUUGUCGUGAACUUGCUCCUGAUGUGUACAAGGUUGAGAAGGAGUUUAAGGAUAAAGUGAAUUUUGUUAUGUUAAAUGUGGACAACACCAAAUGGGAAGAAGAGAUUGAUGAAUUUGGGGUGGAGGGUAUUCCGCAUUUUUCUUUCUUGGACAAAGAUGGGAAUGAAGAAGGCAAUGUGGUCGGAAGGAUUCCAAAGCAAUAUUUGGCUGAAAAUUUAGCUGCACUUGUAAGAGGUGAUAAAAAAAUUCCCCAUGCCAGGUUUGUAGGGAAAUUUUCUAAAGCAGAAUCUAGAGAGGUGCAUCCGGUUGCUAAUCCAAGGGGGCAUAGCAAUACAUAGGUUUUUACACCAUUCAUACAAGGAAUUUGAUUCAUUUUUCAAUGUCUAUAUUUUUUGGUAUGUGCAUUCUACUAAAGCAAAGCAUGUCAUUCGAAUGGAGGGCAAAAUCAGCCCUUCCCAAGAAAACUUAUUGGUCAUCUUUUAAUUGUCUUGAAAAUUUGGAAGACAGUUCUAUGAUUUUAACA